UGUUUAUCAGAAGCGAGUUCGAGCUUUUCACGUUUUAUCGUAGUGGAUGUGAUGUAAACCUGAUCUUUAAGAAAAUGAAGGAACGAUAUCACCGGGAAUGGAAAGUGCUGUUUUUAGCAUGUAGAAAGUAAAGAUAAAACUUUCAAAUCAUUCGAGAUUACCGAAGAACCUCAGUGCUGUUUUUCAUAGUCAGCGAUGUCACUUCAGAAGUAAGCAAAGAAAUAAAUGCACGCCCGUGGCGUGGACUUUCCGUAAACGAGUAAACUAUUCGGUUAACGGGACGUUGCGUCAUACUGGACUUUUCACAUAGGCUACGCGAAUGCCGUGUGUGAUGGCAUGGCAGACUACAAAGCUGCAUUUUCUUGUACUACUUAACAUGUGGAUAUGCUCUCAAGGCUUGUUUGCACUUGAAGUGGAUGUAAACUGCUGGUGGAAUCAAGCCCUUCCUGUGCAUCGCAAUGUGUCUGUUUUUUGCCACACAAGUGCACAGGGAAGAGCGUACAAGUGUGAUCUCUGCCAACUUCAUGUUAUCACGUCGGGACACCAGUUACCCAGCACAUGUGCCAACUCCACUGAAACCUUCAACUUUUCUAUUCCAGUAGAGCAUAGAGAGCAUAUUAGCUGCUCAUGCAGUGGAAGUGCCUGCAAUGUGAAAGCACAAGGAGGCUAUCCACCGUCUCCCCCGUCCCGCCCUAAUUGUGUUAUCGAAGACCUGGUGGAAGAAGAUAUUUAUUGCUCCUGGACUAUAUCUGAUGAGCCAAUGAUUACAACAGUUUACACUCUUCAUUGGCAAGAUUAUGAAGGGAAUGUAAAUUCUGCAGAGGGUGGUUGUGAAAGUGCGAUCAUUAUUCGUGCCAAGUACACAAAAGGCACUCAGACUACAGUAUGGGUCACUGCUAGAAACCUGCUGGGUCAUGCGCAGUCUGAAAUAUCUGUCUUCAACACAGGCCAUAUCAAACGGCCAGACCCCCCAUACAAUAUGACCCACACAUUCGCUCCACUGGAAUUGGUAAUCUUCUGGUUAAUGGACUGUGAUUUGAGCCCUUCAGAUGAGUGUCACGUGCAAUACAGCAUGCAAAAUCAAAUGCUAGACUGGACCGAGGUGGAUGAUUGCCAGGCCAUGUUUCGAUUGGAGGAUCCACAGCCAUUCACGCAGUACAGUUUUCGCGUGCGCUGCCACUGUGGACAUGAAGAAAAAGUCAUGAGUAACUGGAGCUCAGUGUAUUCAGUGCGCACACCUCCUGCAGCUCCAGUUGGACAGCUGGAUGUUUGGAGUGACUGCGCCCCUAAUUCUGACAAGUCUUCCUGUAACCUUUAUUGGAAGGAAAUGCCCCUGUGUCAGGCCCGAGGGGAAGUUACGAGCUAUAUUGUGACGCUGAAGCUUAAAAAUGGCACUGAGAUCAAGCAAGUUGCAAGGCAGAAAAGAGACACUGGAAACCAGCACCGCACUGAACACAGCUGCCCACAUCUCAGGCACUUCCCUCUCAAGCCCAGCGUUGUGGGGGUAUUUGUGUCAGCCAGCACCUCAAUGGGCACAUCUGACCCCACAGUCAUGCCAUUUCCUGAGAGGGGUCAGUCUCUACCUGAGGUGCAUCUGAAUGUAAGGAGUGAGAAGCAGGCACUGUUGGCCUCAUGGUCUAUUCAGCCGGAGUUCUCUGAGCACCUCCUGCAGUAUGUAGUACAACAUGUGCCUGUUGUACCUGAGCAUCCAUGCCUGAACUGGCUAAGAGUAAACAAAACACAGAGCUCCGUCACACUCACAGGUGACUUUAAGGACUACAUGGCGUAUAAUGUGUCGCUUUUCGCCAUCUUCAACAACCACAGCACUUUCCUCAACUCAUCGAUUGUGUACACACGUCAAAAAGUUCCUCCUAAAGUUUCAGUUAUCCACGUGACGGACAUUUCUCACUCGUCUGUGACUCUGACAUGGAGCCCCAUCCCUGUGCAUGAGAGCAAUGGUGUCAUCCUGCGUUACUUAGUGGGCAUCAACGAGACAGCUUUAAUGUUUAACGUGAGCAAUACCAGGACAAGUGUACUUCUGCCAGAUCUGCAGAUGUCCCGGCAGUAUCACGCCUGGGUGAGCGCUGUGAACGAGGCCGGUGAAGGCCCCAGGAGAUUCACCACCUUCUCUACCACUGACAAAACUAAUGUUGUUAUAUAUGUGGUGACCACACUGACAGUCAUGCUGGUGAUUGGCCUGAUAGUGUUGAGGUUGUCAUCUUACGGUCACUGCUUUGAGAAGAUUCCAGAUCCAAUAAACAGCAAAUCAUUUAAACGCAUGAACUUGCAGUAUGUGUGGCCAUUGCUCCGUUCUCAGUCAGAAAUCAGUCUGAAGAUCUCAGAGCUGGAGAUCAUGGAGAACCAGCAUCUCAACACCCCGACACCUCCUUUAGAGACUGAACCGGAGAAUGAUAAUCAACUGGACAGAACGAUUGAAGGUGGAGAAAAGUGGUUGAAAGGCCCUGAGGAAUCAAACAAGGGAAACACGAACCCUGACUACAGUGAGAUGGUGGAUACUGACGAAGAGGAGGAGGGUGGCGUGUUUGAUGAAGAGUGGGGGAAUUCUGCCUCGGACUAUGAAAGACAUUUUAUGCCGUCUAUUGAGGCCAUUUAACUCUGACAUCUCAUACCUCAGGAGAUCUGCUCUGUACUGUGGUGUCUUAAAGGGAUAGUUCACACAAAACUGAAAAUUCUGUUUGAGAUGAUGGAAACCAGUAACCAUUGACUUCUAUAGUAUUUCUUUUUUUCUACUGUGGAAGUCGAUGGUUACUGGUUUAUUUUCAAAAUAUCUUCUUUUGUUACUCGUAAAGGUGUGGAAACACUUUUUAAAGGAGUAAGUUCAAGAGUUCCCACUUAGAUAUGCUUGGCGUAUAAAGCAGGUUUGGCAUGCUGUCCCGGGAGAGAACCCUGAGCUCGGAGAUAUUUGAGCCCAGGGCUCCCGCCCGGUCAAUAAACAUAUCAGGAGAUCCGAGAUCAGGUAGGUCACGAGAGCUCGCCCUUUAGAAAAGGGAGGAAAAGGAGGAGAAGGGGUGGAAGGGGGGAUUCUUCCAAACAAAGAUAGAACAGUAGGAAGAAAAUGAUCCAUUUAUAGUAAACUAGGAUUGCUUUGAUUGGAUUAUUACUGAUUACAGAUGAGUGGCCAGACGUGCUCAAUCAUAUCACGUGCUCCUCUCGAAAUUAGUUUAUGAAACUUCACUUAAAAUUGUGCUCUUUAAAUAGAGCAAGUGAUUGUUUUACUAAAAAGCAAACUCUUUCAACAUUGCUAUAAAAGGUCUUAAAGGGGUGGUCCAGUAUUAUAUCAUAUUUUAAUCUUUAGUUGAUGUGUAAUGUAGAUGUAAGAACAUAAACAACAUCAGGUUAACCCAGGUUACGUGCAUUCACUACGCACAUACACCCUGCGCAGCAAAGGGGCGUGGCCAGAGGCGAUGUAAUGCUGUAAUGUAGCAGAGGAACUUAAAAUGCCAUCCAAAUGCUGCUGUUUUCACAGAGCUUGUUCUGUUUCUGGGCUUUCAAAGGACAUGACAGGCCAUUUAUUUUAGAGAGCAGGCGUGAGGUUUAGCUGUGUGUUCUUCAUUUUCAGUCUGAUUCAGGCACAAACUGAUACAGCUACUCUGACUGACCGUAUUUACACAGCGCGAAAGUGAGUACUUGUAGAGGUGUGACGCUUAUCCGCGAAUCACAGCACAUUAUGUUAGCUGGCCAAUCAGAGCCUCUUGAGGGCGGGCCUUUCGGAGGAACUAGGAAAUAUGAUAGUCGUUUUCAUGUUAGCUGAGUAGAUAGUAAGAAGUAAGAUAGAUGAAAAAUUUACGGGAUUUUCUACAAAUGAAGCAUGAACACAUUGCUUUGCAUCUUAUAAACACAACCAAGUCUUUUUUUAUCUUGGACACAAAAGAAGUUUGAAAUCGGUAGCUGUUGACUUUCAUACUGGCUACUAGUUUCCAACAUUCUUCAAAAUACCUUCCUUUGUGGUUAACAGAAACCCGAAUUAACAACUGUAGGGUAUAUAAAUGAUGGCAGAAUUUUUAAAACAAUUUUGGGGGACUAUCCCUUUAAGUGGUGCAUUAUUUAGGAUUUGCCAAAUGUGUUUUUGAGACUAUGCACAGGUUUUAACCUUUACAAUCUUUCAGACAUGCAGUAACAUUUAAAGCUGAUGUGUCAUAUUUGAUUUUUUUUGUGCAGUAAGGACUGUUUUCCAACAGGUUUCCAGCGUACUCUCCACUUUUGCCAUUGGUUGCCUAAAAACAUGGCACUCUCGCCUCACAGCAAGACGGUUGCUGGUUUGAGUCCCAGCUGGGCCAGUUGGGCAUUUCUGUGUGGAGUUUGCAUGUUCUCCCCAUGUUCACAUGGGUUUCCUCCUGGUGCUCCAGUUUCCUUCACAGUCCUGCAAUGUGAAAGUGUAUGAGUGUUUCCCAAAACUUUGUUGCAGCUGGAGGGCAUCUGCUGGGUGAACUAUAUUCCAGAAUAGUUGGAGGUUCAUUCCGCUGUGUCGACCACUGAUAAAUAAGGGACUAGGCUGAAGAAAAUGAAUGAAACUCAUGCCAUUGGUUGAACCAAUAUUGGGCAGGCCAGCGUUUUUUUUUUUUACCCACUCUGCACAAUAAACCCUGGAAAAGAGUAUCCCUAAGUAAUUUAAGAUUAAAAACAUGGCACAUACAAAUAUCAUUUUUAUCACUGGUAGAUACAGAUUUGAAUGUAAAGAAUAAGUUUUUUUGUACAUAAUAAAGUUUUUUAUAUAUGUAAA